AUGAGGCUGGCAGAGGGACAGGUCAUCCUCAAGGCCGCCGUCUGGCUGCUCGGGUUCUGGGCGCUCCUGGCUCCAGUCCAGUCUUCUCAAGGCCGCCCCUCAUGGCGCUAUGUCUCCUCAGAGGUGGUGAUUCCUAGGAAGGAGAUGCACCAUGGCAAAGGCGUUCAGGUGCCAGGCUGGCUCUCCUACAGCCUGCGUUUUGGGGGCCAGAGACAUGUCAUCCACAUGAGGCGCAGGAAGCUUCUUUGGCCCAGACAUCUGCUGGUGAUGACUCAGGAUGACCAAGGAGCCCUGCAGAUGGAUUUCCCCUACAUCCCUCCAGACUGUUACUACCUGGGCUACCUGGAGGACAUUCCUCUAUCCAUGGUCACCGUAGACACGUGCUAUGGAGGCCUCGAAGGGAUCAUGAAGUUGGAUGACCUCGCCUAUGAAAUCAAACCCCUCAAGGAUUCCAGCAGGUUUGAACAUGUUGUUUCUCAGAUAGUGGCCGACACCAAUGCAAUGGGUCCAAUGUAUAGACUAGGACACCGGGAUGUCAUAGACCCCCUCUUCUCUGUGGCAAACGCCAGUGGGGCACCCAGGAUCUCUAGCACGUUGUAUUCAUCCCAUGAAGCCAUUGUGAAAGGACAUAUACAGGCUGCCAAUUCAAUCUAUCGUAUAUUCAACAAUGUUACAUCAUGUGUAACGUAUUUGAUACGUAUCUCCAGGCUACUUGACAGCUUUUUACAUAAUUUGCAUUUUGGGUAUUAUUUUUAUUUGAUGACCAUUUAUAAUCAAAAUGAUCCAGUCUCCUCCUACAAUGAUUUUAGAGUGCCAGGAAGUCCAAUGUAUAAUUAUUAUAAGCAAGUCUUUUUUGAUAAUUAUCAGCCCCAUUCUUCAGUAAUAAUCAUUAAAGAUAGACCACAUGAAGCUGACUUUGAGCCGGAUGAUUAUGGCCUGUGCUCUGCCACUGGCCUCAUCUUUACUGGUGAACUAGGCAGGCAUUAUUUAUUGUUGUCUAUCAUAGUAACCAAUCAAAUUGGGAGAACUAUUGGCCUUGCUUACGAUUCCCCAGAUGACUGCGUAUGCCAGAGAAGGACGUCCUGUAUCAUGUUCCGAUUCCCUGGACUGACGGACGCGUUCAGUAAUUGUUCUUAUCUGCAUGUUCAAAACAUAGUAAACCAUCGACGCUGGUGCGUUUUCCAUCAAUCCCGGCGUGUUUUAAAUGAAACGGACGUUCGUUGUGGAAACUAUAGAGUGGACAGGACUGAGCAGUGUGACUGUGGCUCCUUCAAGCAGUGUUAUGACACUGCGUGCUGUACUAGUGACUGUCAGUUAACACCUGGAAGCGCCUGUCAUGUAGGAGCUUGCUGUACGAACUGUACCUACUCUCCUAUUGGGACUCUGUGCAGACCUAUCCGAAAUAUAUGUGAUCUCCCCGAGUACUGCCAGGGUGACACCUUUACAUGCCCUGACGACUUUUACAUGCAAGAUGGCACCCCGUGCACUGAAGAGGGCUACUGCUAUAAAGGAAAUUGCACAGACCGCUCUAUGCACUGCAAGGAAAUCUUUGGUGCACAUGCUCACAACGCUGAUGAGACGUGCUAUAGUAUAAAUACAGUAGCCAACAGAUUUGGCCACUGUUUUAGAUAUGAAGAGUCCUUCACUUAUGGUCGUUGUGACAACAGAGACAGGAUGUGUGGGAGGCUGCAAUGUACGAACGUCACCCACAUUCCCCGAUUACAGGAACACGUCUCGUUCCAUCACUCUUUAAUAGACGGGGUCCCCUGUUUGGGGGUGGACACACACCGUUCGACAGGGUCAUUAGAUGUUGGACACGUGAGAGCGGGUACACCCUGUGCUCCUGAUAUGUUCUGUAAAGAUAACCAUUGCAAUGAGACGAUGAGUUCACUGAAUUACGACUGUGUCCCUGAGAAGUGCAGUUUUAGAGGAGUUUGCAACAAUAGGAAGAACUGUCACUGCCAUGUGGGCUGGGACCCUCCACUGUGCCAAAGAAAGGGUGCUGGUGGGAGUCAGGACAGCGGACCCCCUCCGAGAAGAGUGCGCUCGGUAACACAGAGCAAGCAAGCAUUGGUAUAUUUGAGACUGGUCCUUGGUCGUAUUUAUGCCUUAAUAGCUGUACUGCUUAUUGGGGUGGCCACAAAUGUGCGAUCUAUAAGUACCACGACAGUUAAGGAAGGGACAUAUUCUGAGCCUGAAGGUAAAAAAAUAAGAAAUACUGAGCCUGAAUAA